UCGUGCACGCUGCUCCUCAAGGGCCCAAACAAGCACACGAUCGAGCAGAUCAAGGACGCGGUGCGCGACGGUCUGCGCGCCGUCGCGGGCGUCAUCGAGGACGGCUGCGUCGUGCCCGGCGGCGGCGCCUUCGAGGUCGCGGCGCAGAUGGAAUUGUGCGACAACUUCACGAAGACCGAGGCGGCCCAGGGCAAGAAGAAGUUCGGCAUCAUGGCCUUCGCGGAUUCGCUGCUGAUCGUGCCGAAAAUCCUCGCGGAGAACGCGGGCCACGACGUCCAGGAGUCCAUCGUCAACAUGCAGGACGCGCGGACGAAGCUCGGCGGCGAGCUCGUCGGUCUGGACCUCGAGACGGGCAAGGCGACGGACACGGCGAGCCACGGCAUCUGGGACAACUACCGCGUCAAGAAGCAGUACCUGCACCUGUCCACGGUCCUCGCGACGCAGCUUCUGCUCGUCGACGAGGUCAUGAAGGCCGGCCGCCAGAUGGGCAAGGGCCCGGCGGCCGCGCCGGGCGACGAGUACGAGGGCUGA